AUGUCUCAAACAUCAAAGAGAAUGUUUGGUUGCAUCAAAUAUUCAAGAUGCCGAAUCCAACCGAUCUUUCUGUUCAAACAGGAAAAAGGUCGAACGAUUUGUGUGGUUGAGGAAAAUGAUGUGAACUCGGAAUUCGCUAUUCAUCUGACAAUGGAGAAGUGGGAAGAGGAUGUGCAGAGACAGUUUAGAGUGGAAGAGACAAUCUUUCAUGUUUGCGACUACCAAUCGGAAACGAUCGGAGACGUCAAUCCGAUAGGUCUUCUGUGGUGGGGAGUCAAGGUUCGAUUGUCGUUGAGUUCAGAAGGAAUCGUCGAAUCGUCUGAUCGAACAUCGACUCGGAAUCUUGUGCUCGUCUCGAAAACUCGACUCAUCACUCGACUCGUCAUCAUCCCAAUCGAAGCUCUCAAUUCAAUCAUCUUCUACCACUUCUCCGUCCACUGUAUCAGAUUCUCGAAGGAUUCUGAAGUCUCAGAAUCCCUCUCCGAAUUCGUUCCGACCCUUCCACGCACCACACUAAUUCUUUUCUACAUCUCAUUCAAUUCUUCUGUUCUUUCAGAUAUGAAUGCCGAUGACGUCUACUCUGUUGCUCGCCUGACCGUCCCCCACCUCGCCGGAGAUGAAAAACUCCUAUUGCUAUUGAAGAUCAUUCAGGCCACACGUCGUGAAGAAGGCCCAAUUCUGGCUCUUCGUGAACAUCUCCGGCAUGUGAUGAUUGAAAACGACUUGGUAGUCAGGAUCAAUGAGAUGAAUGAGAUGGAAGUGAUUGAUCGGGAGCUGUUGGAUGAUGGGGAUUUGGACGAGACGAUUGGUGUUGAUUUGGACGAGAUGAUUCAUCGUCUCGAGCGUGUAGUGCAGAUCGGAAACGGUAACGAUCGUAUUGAAAAUAACCAUGUUGCAAUGGAUGAAGAUGUUCACGUUGGAAUGGAUGAAAAUGUUCACGUUGGAAUGGAUGAAAAUGUUCACGUUGAGUUGGAUGAAGAUGUUCACGUUGAGUUGGAUGAAAAUGAAACAGAUACUGAAGAGAAUGGACUUGAACAGGAAGAAGACAAUUCCGAAGAUUCCGAAGUCGAAGGACUAUAG